AAGACUUACUACACCCAUAGACGGAUGCUUUUACACAAGAUGAGAAAACGCUUGUUGCACGGCAAAAAGCAGCGCGAUAACCAAUUGUUAAUUUGCUCUUACGGAAAGUAAUAAAUUGAUUGGCUUUCCUUGCUUUCUGCUGCGUAUCAAGUUUCCCCUGAGGCUGUGUGCAAGAACCAAAGUCGUAGUCGUAAGUCAACGCACAAAAAUCGACAUAAACGUAUGUCGUAGCAAUUUAUUGCGUCAAACUCUUGUAUAAUUACAGUAGUUGUUUUUGUUAAACUUCCACAUCGUUAAUGCGAUAUUAAAAGUGAAUUACAGAAAAUGGGAGAUCAUCAUUAUACAAAUUUAACUGAUGAAUAUGACACAAUUAAUCCAAUCGUAUAUAUUAAAACUAUGGAAUAUUCACCUGAAACUGUUACUAUUGAAGAAAAAGAGGGUGAUGAUGUUCUCAUAGAAUUAUACAAGGAACGAAAAUUUUUAUACGAUAACAGUCAUCAAGAUUUUAAAAAUAAACAGAAAAAAGAAAAUGCUUGGAUUGAAAUUUCUCAUAUCAUGCAACUGAAAAAACUAGGUAAGUACUAUACACCUGAAUAUUGUCAAACAAGAUGCACUUCUCUGAGAGAUCAGUAUACUCGUGAAAAAAGAAAUAUGAAGGAUGCUUACCAAAAUGGAAAUGCUUCAAAACGUAAAACAUUUGCAUUGCGUAGUCAACUAUCUUUCCUUGAUCGUUUUAUUAAAAGAAGAAGAACUUUUUCCUAUUUUCAAAGAACAAAGAGCACACUUCAAUCCAUAAGAGAUACAACAGUAACACAUGAAAAGAAUAGUAAUAAUGAAUCUGAUGAAUCGGAGUGUUCACAAAAUAUUGUUAAAAUAUCUCGGAAAAGACAUAGUACAUGUCAAAAUACAUCUCAAGAAAAUAUGGAAAAUAAUGAACAAGAUCUUAAUAGACAUAACAAGGAAAUAAACACUUCAAAGUUUAAAAGACAUAGAAAUGAUGAAUCAAUAAGUAUUGAAGAUAUGGAUGAUACAACUGUCAGUAAUGCAAAUGCGAAUUCUCUCGAAAGCACGAAAGAAAAUUCUACAAGUAACACAAGAACAAUUGAUCAAUCAUUUGCUAAUUAUAUUCGCGUACAUUUAGAAAAUAUUCCAGAACCUGAAAAAUCAACAAGAAAGAAAAUGAUAAUUGACGCCCUUACUGCACCACUACCCAAAACAUGUACCUUUUUAAAACGUUGCACAUGUGAAAUGCUGAUGAAACAAUUAUUUCACCAUUUGGCCGCCAUACAUCAAUAAUUCUGUUUUAAAAAAUGAUAGGUUUUGAAAAAAUUAGACGAUAUAUUUGUGUAUACAAGAGAUUCUUUUGAAACUACCAUAUAUUUCCUAAAAAAUUGUAAACAUAAAUUAAUGCAAAUGGACGCAUUUAAUUUGUAAUAAAUGUAACAUUUUUAUUAUAUAAA